UGUAAACACAGCAAAGGGGCGGAGGAACUCAAAGUCAGGUUCAGUUAGGAAGUUACUUUUUAGCAGAGCAGCAAUGUUUCUUCUGCUUUUAUUAUAACCUUAGAAAUAUAAUACUAGGGUAAAAAUGGAAGCCUUAGAAAGAAACCAGGAAUCUCUGAAAGUUGUCAUUGAAGAAAAUAGUGAUGCAAAUGAGCCAAAUAAGGUGGAAGAGGAAGAACCUAAGACCCCAAGAGCAUAUCAUAGGAGAAAAUCAUCUUUACAAUUACGGAGAAGUACGUCAGAGGAUGAUCCUGGUAUACCAGUGAGCAUAUCGUACAAGGCUGGAGAUGAUACAGUUGAAGUUUCAAAUUUAAGUGAUGGAAGUUUUGCUAUUGACUCAACAGAUGAACCACAAAUCUCUGAUUUGGAUCUUCUUCUGGCAGCAACAUAUGUGGAGGAUGCAAGAGAUGGAAGACAUUCAGACUUUAAAGUGUCAGAGAAACAUUUAAAAUUAUAUCACAUGUACCAGAGUAGAUGGGGCCAAUUUGCACUGUACAUCAUAAUUAUUCUUCAUCUUUCCUUGGCUUUGUUUGAGAAGCCAGCAGUAUAUGGCUUAGAAAUGUCAUAUUGGGCCUCCAUGACCAUAGAAGUAGGUAUCAUCUGCUGCUACCUAUUUCGACUUGCACAUAUAAAUCUUUUCACUCCCGUCGUCAGGUUCUGGUCUGACACUAAGAAUAUACUUAUCUUGGUACUCAGUGGGCUUACUUUCUUAGACAUGGUAAUAUAUAUUGGACUAGUAGAAAAUGACAUCUUUGGAGUACGGUGGUCAAGACCCCUGAGACCUCUGUUUGCUGUGAAUUUCCCAGAGAUGAAGCAAAUCAGGCGGUCGUUCCGGAACAUGCGAAGAACACUGCCAGAUGUAGUCAAUGUUCUUGUUCUCUUCUUCUUCAGUUUGGCCAUAUUUGCACUAAUGGCCUUUAAGCUGUUUGGUGAUAGAGGCCUUUCUUGGGUAGAUGAGAGACCCUACUUUGCCACUUACUGGGACAGCAUCUUCGACCUAUAUGUGUUGGUCACCACAGCCAACAACCCUGAUGUCAUGAUGCCAGCCUUUGAUGCAUCUCCAUACUAUGUUAUUUUCUUUGUUGCAUUUUUGAUAAUCUGCUUUUUUGUGUAUAUGAAUAUCAUCCUUGCUGUUAUCUACAAUAACUACAGAAAACACCUCAAGAAUGAAGUUAAAAAAUCUGUGUUCAGUAAAAGGCAACAACUACGUAAAGCUUAUGACAUCCUCUCAGUAAAAGUUUCAUCAAAGAAACUAGUCACCAGGAACCGCUUCAUACAGCUUAUGAAAACUUUGGAUAAAGAGAAAAAUCCAGCUCUCAUAAACGUCUUAUGGAUCGUUCUGGAUGGUGACCGCUCAGAUGCACUUGAUAGGGCAGAAUUCCUCAAACUGGCUGAUCUAUUGAAUGUAGAAGUGUCUGCAGUAGUGGAUCGUGUUCCUCUGAUUGGUCAUCUCUUCCCAAAACUAUACAACUCUCUGCCUUCAAGAUUUGUAUGCCGAGUGGUAAAGCACAAAGCUUUCCAAAUCUUCUUUGAUAUCCUGACGCUGAUCAAUGCAAUAGUGAUUGCCAUUGCAACCCCUGCAUCUGACUGGGAUGAAAUAACAGAGUGGAUCUUCCUCUCCUUCUUUGUUUUGGAGAUCACUUUGAAACUGUAUGUCCAGGGGGCAUCAAGAUUUUUCAAGAGGAUGUGGAAUGUGUUUGACUUUUUUGUGAUUGGUGCAGCUUUUAUAAUGGCCAUUGCAGAAGAAAUUAAGGAUGAUGAUGAUGACAGUCGUCUUGCACUGGAUGUAUUGCUAGUGUUAAGAGUACUGCGGCUUGUCAAAAUCAUUGGAAGUAUUGACCGUUUUAAAGUCAUUGUACACACUAUCAGCAAGAUUGGUCCAUCUCUUUUGACAUAUGGAGGAGUGCUUUUGGUAAGAUGCAUUAUGUUUGUGUUAGAAGUUUAUUUAGAUAUCUACAUAAACUCUUCAGACAAUUUUAUUAAAUGA